CCUCACUUCAGUUGGAUUACAGAUUUACAAGUUAACACAAUGCAAGUUGUCGCAAUAUUUGCUUUACUUACCACCCUCGUCACGUUGACGAUGUGCGAUAACCCUGAUUUCAAAGCAAACAUCAUGAAAUGCAUGGAGGAGACCAAAAUUUCUAGAGAUGAACUUAAAGCUUUCUACGCGAAUGGCUCCAAAUCAGCAGAUGCCAAAGAUAAUAUUAAAUGCUACAUGAAAUGUAUGAUGGAGAAAAUGGGUCAUCUGAAGAAUGGUGUAUUCGAUGAUGCUUCUGCUGCUCGCUCACUCAAAAACUGGCCACAACUUAAGGAUCAUCAAGCGGAAGUCGAUGAGGCUAUUCAAGAUUGUAAAAAGGAGAAGGGUGCGAAUGAUUGUGAAACUGCUUUUAAAAUUACUAUGUGUUUAAAGGAGCAUAAAGCUGCAUUGCAGUCAUAAUUAUGAUUAAGUAAAUUUUAACUGGGAGCUAGUGAAUUACCUUUUUAUCUAGUAUCAAAAAUGAACCAACUAAAAUUUAGUUGGAAAAAAUCAAUAAUUAAAAGUGAAGUGUUUGUUAUUUUAUUU